AUGGUGGAUGCAGUAGCUGGAGAAUCAUUUGCUCAAAAGACUUUGGAAGAAGCACGCCAACUUAUUGAAGUUAUGGCAUCCAAUAAUUACAAUUAUAGAGAAAGGAAUCUUCAAAAAGAGAAUUUUGGUGAGAAUUUUGGAGCCAUCCAACAGCCCCCACAACCCCAAGUUCCAAAUCAGGUAUCUACCCUUGAGAAGGUACUUUUGCAAUUAACGCAGACCACCAACUUGUUUAUGCAAGACACAAGCACUAGGAUGGCCAACCAAGAAGCUUCCAUGAAAAAUUUGGAAAACCAAAUGGGGCAGACUAUUAGAAAAAUCAGUGGCGAGAGUGAGCUUGAACAAGAAAAACCAGAAGAGGAAGUUAGGCCUAAGCAGAAAUUGGUGGUGGAUGAGACAUACUGUAAUAAAACCAAGGAACAGAUCUUAGAAGACUCGUGCAAGCCUCAAAUUCUCCCUCCCUAUGUUAAGUUGUCAUAUUCACACAUCCCCAAGAACAAAGAGAAGGAAGAGAAAUUUUUCAAAUUCUUGGACAUUUUCAGAAAGCUGCACAUAAAUAUACCAUUUGCAGAAGCAUUAGAGCAAAUGCCUUCGUAUGCCAAAUUCAUGAAGGACUUGCUUUCAAAGAAGAAGAAAUUGAAGGAGGAUGCUAUAAUCGCUCUUACCGAUGAAUGUAGUGCCAUAUUGCAGCAAAAGUUGCCUCCAAAGUUAAAAGAUCUGGGAAGCUUCACAAUCCCUUGCACUAUAGGGAAUGUGACCAUUGGAAAGGCUUUAUGCAACUUAAGAGCCAACAUCAACUUAAUGCCGCUCUCCAUCUUGAAGAAAUUGGGAGUUAGUGAAGCUAAAAAUACAAGAAUGGCUUUCCAAAUAGCUGAUAGAUCCAUCAAGUACCCGUAUGGUAUAAUGGAGGAUGAGUUGGUGAAGGUGGACAAGCUAAUUUUUCCAGCAUAUUUUGUUAUCCUGGAUAUGGAUGAAGAUUCCGAAGUGUCUGUGAUCCUUGGAAGACCUUUUCUAGCCACUGGAAGAGCGCUAAUUGAUGUGCAACAAAGCCAAUUAAUUUUGCACCUCCAUGAUGAGAAAGUUACAUUCAAGGUAUUUGAGGCAAUGCAGCACCCAAAUGACAAUGAUACUUGCUUUAGAAUUAAUACAAUGGAUUCACUUAUUGCAACAACAACUUUGAAGCAUAACACUUAUGCAGAUCCAUUAUAA